AUGCCACCCACCAAUAAUGCGCAGACGGUGGCAGGGGCUGGGGAUACCGACCCAUUGGUGCGUGCAGACGAUCAGAUCACGUUUGUUUCGUUCUCCUCAACAAUCCAGUCCAAUCUCGGAGUACAGGAUAUCCGAGAACGGAGCCCCAGUGCGUGCAGAAAAAGCCGUCAGAUGAACAAGAAUGUCGUUGAACCUUGGUCCGCCAUCUAUUCCCGGCCGACGGCGACAUCGAAGCACAUCGAAGCGCAAGAUGCGCGUGUGACUUGCAGUUGCAGCCGGCUAGACGGUGAUAUGGACGAGGAUUCUCGGGAGAUGCGAUGGGAGCAUUUCUCCAAUGUUACUACCUACAUAAUUACAUACAUACAAUGCGGUGGCUAUGCUAACUCAGUGCGGAUGUGGAUGCGAAUUGACAGCGCCGGAAGGUCAGAAUCGUUCACAAUCGUUUAA